UAACGCAAGCCUAAGCAGCGAUCGCAUGUCGAGGGAGUGGCCGAGUCCCUGACGGCCUGGUACAAAAGGCCCACAAAGGUUGCUAGGUCCACGCGGCCACAACAACAUGACAGUUGCGUAUACUUAGACACGGUAAGACCUGUGCAGGGUACACCAGCGGUACAGCCAUGAGCUAUCCACCUCCACAAGCAGGGUAUCCUCCCAACCAGCAAGGUGGCUACCCCCCUCCACAAGGGGGUGGUUACCCCCCUCCACAACAAGGGGGUGGUUACCCCCCACCACAAGGCGGUGGUUACCCCCCUCCACAGCAAGGGGGUGGCUAUCCCCCACCACAGCAGCAAGCCAACUUUGCCCCUAAUCAGCCAGGGGCAGUCCAGCAUCAACCGUGGCAGCCCAACUCAGGCGAGAGUGCCCAGCCAGGUUACACCGGUGAUGACGUCCCUGACUCAGACCCAGAAGACAACGAGAAUGCUUCUGAUGACCAUGGACCUGACCCGGACAUCAGCAAGUUUGGCGGCCUGCAGGGAUACGAACAAGUGGGGCUGAAUGACUGGGUCCCACCGCCUCCCCAGUAUGUACCUCCUGAAAACUAUACCAAACCUCCUGAGCAAUAUGCCCAGGGUGCUGGGCUGACGGAGCAGGAGGCAAGAGAUGCCAUGAUUCAGUUUGUGGCAGAACACUGCUGCUACGGCAAGAAACCUGCAGAGGAACAUAUCAUCAGGGCAAUCAAACCCUCUACUGCCUUCCACUACACUAUGGAAAGUUAUCUCGAGAGCAGAUCUACCAAGUGGGUGCAUGAACCAUACCGAGGCCAAAACAUUGAUGGCCCCCAUAAUGGCUACCCACCAGGCCCCUGGGAUAUUGUGUGUGCUGCUAGUGAGUUUUUUCAUGAUGAGGUCAGGCUCAUCGAGGUGCCACACACAGCUAAAGUACAGAGUUGCCACUCUUGUUACGGCCGUGGCUUCAAACGCUGCCCUCGCUGCUGUGGCAGGGGAAGGGUUCGCUGUUCUUCUUGCCAUGGGAGUGGUCACAAGAUGAGGUACGACCAUCAGACUAAACGGCAUCACAGGGAGACCUGCCACUGGUGCCAUGGGUCAGGAAGGAGAAGGUGUGUCAGGUGUGGUGGGGAUGGGAGGGUGACCUGUGGAGUCUGCCGGGGCUGCCGGGAUCUCAAGUGGUACAUCCAACUGACUGUCAACUUUAAGAACAUGGUGUCUGAUCAUGUGACAGAAAGGACAGACAUGCCUGAUGAGCUCAUCAAGGAUGCAGGAGGGAUGGUCAUCUUCCAACAGACACUGAUCAGGGUGUGGCCUAUCACUCACUUCACCGAUCAGGAUGUGAACGCCAACUCCCAGAGCCUGGUGCAGUACCACAACUCUACCUACGAGAGGGCUGGAAGGAUCUUACAGCAGCGCCACACACUGAGGAAUGUGCCUGUGUUUGAGAUUGACUACAGCUGGCAGGAGGUUAACACGCGCUACUGGGUGUACGGGAACGAACAUCGCGUUCACGCUCCCGACUACCCCCACCAGUGCUGCUGGGGCUGUGUUAUCCUGUGAGGGGGACUCUGGGCUCGGGACCCUAAAAAAACACAAUCUCUCACUGUCAGGGGCUGAAUGGGCCUCCUCCCAAAAAAAGCUUGUGGCCAUGUGCUUGAACUGGAGAUAACCACUACCUCUAGAAUCCCUUCUACUAAAGUAACUCCCUCUACAAUCCCUUGAUUGCAUAUUAUUAAAUGUUGUUCCCCAUGUCAAAAAUUAAAUGCAGCGUAACACUGACACUCUGCAUGCACAAAAAACUAAGAAACUUGAGUUUGGUUGUUGAUAUACAAUAAAAAAAUGAUAUCUAAUUUCUUUUUUUACUUAACAUUGUGCCAUACAAAAAUAUCAUUGGAAAGCUAAGUGUCAAUUUUCAAAGACUCAGUCAUUUCUUUUUCACAGUCUUGUAACAUUAUGUAAAAAUACAAUUGUGUAACCAAGUGUUGUGCAGUGGACAUGUAGCAAGGAAUCAAUUCACCUACAGUAGCAAUUUUGUCAGUCUUUGACUGAUCCAAAUUUUGUAUGAUAUGUUAAUGUAUCUUAUAACUUAAAGGUUUGAUCAUAGUGUGCAGUGCUGCGUAGUCUAAUGUCCAUUGUCAGGUUCCCCUGGUUAGAAACGAUUCCACCGUUUUUCCACAAAAGAGCUUCAUUUUUAUACUUAAUGAUGUUUUUGCAUGCAAAUAUAUUUGUAUGAUGAUGUAAAUAUUUGGACUUCAAAAUGCAUUAUUUCUACAUACUCAGACAUCUCAUAUACACAUUUUGAAAUAAACCAUUUUAUUGGUGAUUGAUCUGAUUCUUCAAACAAGGUUUUCACUUCAUAGAUCUUUCUGUACAAUGAAAUAAUUUAAUUAGUGACAACAACAACAUCAAUAAUAAUUGUAAUAUCUAGAGUAAGAAGAUUUUGCCUCAUUUGUACCCUACUGGCAUCAUAACAAUAUUACCACAGUAGUAUACAAUUCUAUUCAAUACCCUUGAAUAAUGGCAAGGCAAAAUGUAUAAACAUCAGUACCAUAAACUUAAAUCACUUUCAAUCACUUUUAAAACUUUACCUUACAACAAAUUGCUAUAAGAGGUGCAAUGUGCACUACACUUCAUUUUGGUAAACUCAACAUAACAUUUGUUCAGUGGCCAGGGGAAAAAAUACACUGCCUGCAGCAAUUACAUUGUAUGGCAAGCUGUAUAAUCUCCAAGCAGAUCCUUCUGUAGCAGAUAGAGACAGUAUCCAAUGGCCAAGACCAACAGGCUGCCAAUCGCAAUAAAUACCAAUAAAUAGCUACUUA